CGUGACUCGGUCACUUCGCAAUUCGACACGCGAAGAGCUGAGGUCCUGGAAUCAGGUAUCGCACUCUACAGUCCGUUAUGACUUGGCACGACCGCCGCAUGGACAUCACAGUGCUCUGCAGCGCCGCUGUGGAGGAAGACCGCAUGGAGAUCGAGGGUCGCGUCCCCGCCGCUGGUCCGUCCCUGCCGCCGCUAGCCCCCGUUCGUCACACGGGCAGCAUCGAUGGCACCAAGCAGCCUUCAACUACCAGUGCCAAUGCCGGUGCGACUGGCAAAUCGUCGUCCAAGAAGCGCUCGCGCCGUCUCUCCAACAGCGAGCGCGGCAAGCUGUACCGUUCACGUCGGAAGAACUACGUACAGGCGUUGGAGGAACAAGUAGAGCAACUCAAGAAGGAGGUAGACCAGCUUAAUCUCCACGGACGCUCACAGCAACAGACCGCAACAGCAUGGCCACUCGUGCGACAGCCGAUUGGCGGAUCGUUUGCUAGUGUUGUGAACGAAUACUUCUCGCUCUUCAAGUACGGUGUACCUGUAGCCGAACAAGGCAGCGUGAACGUCCCGACCGACCAGCUGCUGCUCUCCUCCAGACAGGCUGGUUUCCUAAACGGACUCAUGCACCCGAACGUUGUCUUCGGCAGCUCGUACGGCAUACGCGAGCUGCUGGAUCAGUGGCAAAAGUACUCGUUGUAUCAUGCUGGGCUCAAGUACGAGGUCAAGAACUUGCAAAUCAUGGCAGCGGAUCCGAACCCUGUGGUGCUCGCGCCCGCUACGCUUUACGUGCGCUUCACGCGACGCACUAUCGAGAAAAUAUUCCCUCAUGUGCUUUGGAACGAAGCACUUGUGCAGCGUCUUAUUGGCAAGCAGCUAGAGUACCCAGUGGGGAAUACGUUCUACUUUGGGGACGAUAAUAAGAUCCAUCGCUACGACACGUACGUCGACUUUGUAGCCGCCUUCGUUAGCGUGCUGGGCAACGUCGAGGACACUAUGGCUAUGAUGGAGAGUGCGCUCAUUAGACAGGAGUCCAUGAUCGGCGACCUGCUUGAGGAACCGCCGGCGGAGGAGACUCAGGCGGUCGAGCUGCCGUCACCGCGCGUGCAGCUCGUUGACGAGGGUGUUGGUGCACGCAUAGGGAUGUCACUCCAGGGAAUUCUCUAGCAUACUGAAUCCGAAUAUGACGUAAAAUUUGCCGUGGCGUGUCGUAGCAAAUCGUGUUCCCUUCUCCGAGCCAAAGUGAACUAAAGGGUGGACUUGAAGUACAGUUCUCUG